AUGGGACGUUCCAUGGAAAGCGUGCAGGAGUUCAUGGCCUUCACCAGCCAGCUGAUCGUGGAGCGCUCUGGGCCGGGCAGCAGGGCCUCUGUCCGGGAGCAGGAGUAUCUGUGCCACGUCUACGUCCGGGGUGACGGGCUGGCGGGCGUCGUGAUUGCCGACACUGAGUACCCACAGCGGGUUUGCUUCACCUUGCUGGACAAGGUACUGGAUGAGUUCUCUAGGCAGGUCAGCAGGACCGAGUGGCCCUUGGGAUCACCAGCCACCAUCAGCUACACUGCCUUGGAUGGGUACCUCAGCAAGUACCAGAACCCCCGCGAUGCCGAUCCGAUGACCCGAGUGCAGGCGGAGCUGGAUGAGACCAAAAUCAUCCUGCACAACACUAUGGAGUCACUGCUGGAGCGGGGGGAGAAGCUGGAUGACCUGGUAUCCAAGUCAGAGGUGCUGGGGGCACAGUCCAAAGCCUUCUACAAAACCGCUCGGAAGCAGAAUUCCUGA